UAGUGGUUUCCAUGAUGGGUAAUUCCUAGUGGGUCGUAGUUAGAUCAAUAUAUUAUUAAAUUAAUUGUAGUAGGUACGCUCGCUACGAUAUGCACGACGAAACGAAGUUAGUUUUUCCAACAUGGAUGACGGAGACGGUUGUUCAGCCGAUGCCCAGGAAAAAACAUCAGACUUUUACGAAACCCAUAACUUACCCGCUCGUUUUGAAUGCCCAGGUUUACAGAACUACAGCAAAACCAGACGAACUCCAACCAAUCCGUUCUACGCGACCACGUACAACGAUUACGGGUACUUCCCGCCGACUGUGCACACUGUGAGGAAAUGCUAUCACGGCAAGCCCCAGCGAUUCGGACAGGAGCAGUUUGUCAGAGGAAUGUACAGAGACAACUCGCUGAACAUGUGAACGACGACGUCUGCAACGCGUCGAUGUUAAUAAUAUAUUGCAGGGGUGGCCAAACCACCCCUCACGUCAUAUUAUUAACAUAGAUCAGGCCUGCCCAAAGUUUUUUUCGACUUGCGGGCCACAUCUGAAAUUCAUAUUAUUCAUACUGUGGGCCGAAUAUAUGCUUCACGGUUUUUUCGUUCAUUGAAUAUUUCCACGCUAGUCGCUAUACCCUCUAGUUAACAAUUUGUUUUCGUCAUAAGAAAAUAGAAACUAUACACAAUUAUUGUAAGAUAUUUUAUAAUAUCCUUAAAAGCUUAUUAAAAUAAUAUAUAUUAUUUUUUUUAA